AUGACCAUCCAUGAUCUUACCCUCCUUGACCCAACCUCCUGGAGAAGGAGCCUCGUGGUUUUGCUUGUAUUGGUUGAUUCUGUCCACCAUGACUGGUCUGAAGGACUUAAUCAAACCUUGGACUGGCCAAGCAGCGGCAUCACCCAAGGCACAAAUAGUGUGGCCCUCAAUUUCCUUUGUCAACUCGAGAAUCAUGUCGAUUUCUUUCUCAGUGGCUUGACCGGAGACGAAUCUGUCCAUCAUCUUCAGCAACCAAGUGGUUCCCUCUCUACAUGGGGUACACUGACCACAAGACUCGUGCUUGUAGAAAGCGGAAAAACGUUGGAUAGCUCUGAUAAUGUCGGUUUGCUUGUUCAUGACAAUGACGGCGGCAGUACCCAAACCGGAACCAACAUCCUUCAAGGCAUCGUAAUCCAUCAAAACGUUCUCACAAACGUCCUUAGUCAUGAUAGGGACGGAGGAACCACCUGGGAUGACACCCAACAAGUUGUCCCAUCCGCCUUUAAUACCACCACAGUGCUUCUCCAACAACUCCUUCAAAGGAAUGGACAUUUCUUCCUCAACAGUACAUGGCUCAUUGACGUGACCGGAGAUACAGAACAAUUUGGUUCCGGAGUUUCUCUCACGACCAAAGCCUGCGAACCAGUCACCACCUCUUCUCAAAAUGGUUGGAGCAACAGCAACGGUCUCGACAUUGGCAACAGUGGUUGGUCUACCGAACAAACCAACACCGGCAGGGAAUGGAGGCUUCAAUCUUGGCUUACCGGCCUUACCCUCUAUGGACUCAAUGAGCGCGGUCUCCUCACCACAAAUGUAAGCACCCAUACCUCUGUGGAUGUAGACAUCAAAGUCGUAACCGGAGCCACAAGCGUUCUUACCAAUCAAGCCAGCCUUGUAAGCCUCGUUGAUGGCCUCCUGCAACACAACGGUUUCGUUAUAGAACUCACCACGGAUGUAAAUGUAGGCGGCAGUAGCGUUCAUACCUCUACCAGCCAACAAACAGCCCUCAACCAACUUGUGAGGGUCCUUUCUGAUGAUCUCACGAUCCUUACAGGUACCAGGCUCACCCUCAUCGGCAUUAACGACCAAGUAACGAGGACCUGGGUUCUUGUCCCAUCCUGGAGGGUUCAUGAACGACCACUUGAGACCAGAUGGGAAACCAGCGCCUCCACGGCCUCUCAAGCCGGAUUUCUUCAUCUCGUCGAUGAUCCACUUGUCACCCUUCAAGAUGAUCUCUUUUGUUUUGUGCCAAUCACCCAUUUUUUGGGCGCUCUUCAAGUUGUGGCCGUAAGUUCCGUAUACGUUUUGGAAGAUUCUGUCAGUGUCCUUCAAACCACCGUGAACCCUGUUAGGGUUCAGCGCAGCAUCUGCAGCGGUGGCAAGACAUCUGGUGGCCUUCGCCGAGUUUCUCAAGUUGCGAAGCAUCGUUGUCCGUCAAUGACACGCCUGUUGGUUUUCGGGGUUGCGAGUAGGUGGGAGGUGAAGGGGAGUGUGCCUAGUAGUAAUUCUGCCGCUACGAUUGGCUGGAGGGACUGGCGGCGAGGAGAUGGGAUCGAGCGUCUUAAAUUUGCGGAGAGAAAAAAAUAG